AUGGCUGGGAGUGGGAAGGGGUGUGAGAGGUGCAGUGAGUGGCAAGAGCACUACUACUGGGAGCACAUGGAUGUGAACAAGAUCAGGUUCUUCAAGCUCAUGACAGGAGAUUUCCAGCAGAGCAUUUGCAUACCAGACAAAUUUGCGAGCAAUUUCAUCAGGCAGAUGGAUAUCGCAGAAGGACUCCACCUGAAAGCGCCGAGCGGAGAAACAUGGCGCGUGGGCGUCAGCAAGGUUGCUGAUGAGCUGUUCUUGGGGUCAGGGUGGGGGGAUUUUGCCAAGGCUCAUGAACUGCAGGAGAAUGACCUCCUGCUCUUCACAUGCAGUGGAAGAUCCUCCUUUGAGGUCCUGAUCUUCGAUGCGAGUGGCUGUGAGAAGCUGUCUCCCCUCUUCACCGGCAGAAUGUGCAAACAUUUCGACAACAUUGUGAUGGGUCAGCAGGUUGAGAAAUACUCUCUGACUGUCGAUGAUGAUUCUGAUGAUGAUACUAGUGUGCCGUCUCGGUUGGUUGGCUCCCCUCACAGGGCCUCCACAUCAAAGAAAUACAGUGUCAAGAGCAAAUCAAGUACUGAAUCACCAAGCAGCCGCAGCAGCUCUGAUGCUAAGCUUGAGUCAACUGAGGAAGAGGAGUGUGAUCAUGAAAUGCACGAUGAACCCGAUUUAUACUACUCGAGGGCUGUAGAACAGCUAGAUGGCGACCAAAGACAGGAAAUAAUUGGGCUGGCUUCAACUGAACCGGGCAAUCCUGCAUUCGUGACCGUUCUGCAGAGGACCCAUCUCCAACACAAGAACAACUUUCUGAUCGUCCCCUAUAAAUUUGCUGCUGAUCACCUUCAGAGGAGGCCUCCUGACGUCCUGCUUUUCAGGCCGAGCAUGGCAGAGAAGUGGCGUGUCAGGUACUACCAAUCCAGCCACACCAGAGGCUUCAACUGCCAACGCUGGGUCAAGUUUGUUAGGGACAACAGGCUGCGCGAGGGAGACGCCUGCAUCUUCGAGCUGAUCAAAGGAGCGAAGAAGAAGAACAAGGUGGUAACGAUGGCUGUUCAUAUCGUCCGGAGGAGGAAGAAAGAUGGCCGGUUUAUCAAAGUGGGAUAA